AUGAACAUCCGCACGCUGCAGAUUUGGGGGUUUCUUCAGACCAUGUUGGGCUGGACCUUCAUCGCCUGCUCUUUAGCCAUGGAGGGGUGGAAAGUAGCUGCUACUGGUGGCCAGGGCGGCAGCGCCGUCUUCACUGUGGCCUGGUAUUGGUCCAGUCUGUGGAGGGCCUGCUCCACUGAUUCUAACGCUGUCUCCAACUGCUACGACUUCCCUGUGCUCUGGUCUGUGGAAUAUCAUGUACAGAUUGUGAGAGCUCUGCUGAUGAGCGGAGUAGCCAUUGGUGUGCUGGGGUUCAUUCUAAGCAUGGUGGGAAUGGAAUGCACUUACAUUGGAGGCAAAGAGAAAGAGAAGAACAGAGCCAUGUUCAUUGGAAGCCUCUGUCAUAACACGAGCGGUUUGUUGGCUGCGGCAGGCUAUGCAGUCUAUGCUUGGCAUGUCUCUACAGAAUAUUUCAACCCUGCUUUCGAACUGAAGUAUGACUUGGGAACACCAUUGUUCCUUGGAUGGGUUGGGUGUGUAUUUCAGAUCACUGGAGGGCUGUUCUACUUGGUUUCAGUUUUUAGGCUCUGGUCUCUGGAGGACAGUACCCGAUAUCUGAUGGAUGCUGAAGAGAGCAAAACCUUGCGUUCCACUCCCACAAACCUCUCUGUCAUUUCUGAACUUUCCAGCAAAUCCAAAGUGUCCACUGUGUCUGACCUCUGCUUACAUUCACCUUCCACUGUGUCCAAAAUCUCACACAAGACUCAAACCCUUCUAGCACCUGAUGUUCCUCUCAACGUAGUAACAGAGUAGAGGGCUCUGUAUUUGUAUUUUUCUUACUUGAGAUGUUCCAUCAGGGUUUCUAGGUCUUCCAGGUCCAGCAUUAAGACAGACAGAGGAUGAUGCCUGGACAAAAUCUGUGCAUUAGGAAUUUCUCUUAAACACUCAUGGCUUGAACUGUACUAUGACCAUGGCCUGUUAUUCCUGUUACCCAUCUAUCAUUCACUGGCUGCUGACAACAAGCCCUUCUGGUUUUUGGUGGACCAUAUAGUGAGAUAAACAUUAUAGUAAACAAUAGUUCACAAGUAGUCAUAUCUCUUAAGGUUUAGCAACUACUAUUUAGAUGCCCUGAGACUGGUUAACAAUUGGAUCUCACAACAAAACCAUGAGAAUAUUGCAGUUUAUAUUGACAAAAUUCUGCUAAACAAACUAAGCUGAACUAACUCAGUGCAUCAUGUCUAUUUCACUUGUAUUUGUUGUUGUUUUAGAAGGAAAUGUUUUAUUAAGAAGCUGUAUUUUAUUUUAUUUUAUUUUUCAUGUCCAAGUAACAAAUUACAUAUGGAUGGCAAAGUAUUGCUCAGAUGGAAAUUGAAUUGUCUGUCCAAUAAACUAAUUUCCCAUAUUGCA